CAGUGUGGGACAUACAGACAUACGUGUUGAAUAUUAAUAUACUGAAAUAUUGGUGAUUUUGAAUAAGUGAUACUAUAUUUUGGAUUAUUGGAAAAGUCCAAAAUGCAUAACUCCGAAUGGGAAGACCCAGAAAGCACCAGAAGUAGACCAGGCUCUAGAAGGAACUCCGGCCCGUUCUCCAGAAGGAGCAGUAUAAAGAAGGAGCCAGAGAAGAGUACGCCGCCUACUUCUAGCUCUUCUACACCGAAGAAAGUAUAUAAGCAAUUGAAUCCAGAUUUUGUUGUAACUGGAAAACAACUAUUGAAACGAGGAGACCGAGCGAACUCCCUCCCAGGCUACCACCGCAGACAGUCCUCCGACUCCCUGCUCAAGUCCAAGAGAGGGACUGACUCUCCCAAGAGGAGUAACACUGCCAAGUGCAGCAGUCGAGAGGCGUCCAUAGAAGAUGAUGCUUCUUUGGACUUAUCCCAGGUAUCAGAUUUCGAAGAUCUAAGCCUAAAAUACGGCUUGAAAGACAAAAUAACUCCUCUCGCUACUUCUACACCUAAGAAGAUCUGUCAGAAGGGUCGCAGCUCUUCUGUGCAAGUGUCGGGCUACCAGAGAGAAGGCAAGAAGGAUGUGAGGCUUUUGGAAUCCAAGAAGAGCAGAGACAGCAUCAUGUCUUCUAGGGAUAGCGUUUAUAAGACUUCUUCUAGCGGGACUUAUAGCGCGCAUUCAACGCGUCGCGCGGUCAGCACCGAGCUGGACUAUUCGUCCAUGUCUCCGGAGUACUCCGCCGCGUCGUCGGGCGACAGCGUGGCGGGCGUCGCCGACACCCUGGUGUCUCCGCGGAGCCAGGAUCUGCAGGACAGUUUCAGCGUGGGCACAUGGGCGGAGUGUGGGCGCGGCGAGGGCGAGUGGGGCCACUUCUGGGCGAACUACAACAGCUCGCUGGCCAAAGUGCCCGUGGGCAGGUACUACGACCAGUGCCCCACGCCCUACCGCUCGGAGGACAUUGAACUGGCUGACUUGGAAUUCUCAACAGACGGCUCUAGGAAACGUUCGCCAGAGAACAUAAAAACCAUAAACAACAUAAUCAGGAACGAAGGUUUACGCUUGACGCCGCGUGAAACACAGAAUGUCAUCAAAUGUGCUCACAUCCUAGGUAAUGUUCUAACAAAAGCUAUUGAACGACAAACUAAGGACAGAGAUUUUAGCUCAGACAAAAUACAAGAGCUGAAAAUCGAAAAGCCCAAUCCUGAAACUGAAAUAAAAAAGAAAAACUUGUCUCUGGAUUUGAAAGAGACGGUUAUCCCGCUAGAGGUUAAGGAGGAAAAGAGAUGGGAGUCCGUGCCGACGCAAACUGACAUUUCCCUUCCAAAUACGAAAAGCGCGCCGAAAAUAUUUGAAAGUAUUUUAAGACAAUUGUCUAUGACUUCCAUUGAAGAAGAUAAAGUUAACACUCAAAAUGGAGAACUAAAAGUUGAUACGCCAAAUAAUUCACAAAAUAAUAAUAUAGAUAAUAAAUUGCUGUAAAUACUUGAGAAGAUUUUAAAAACCAAAGAUUGUUGUAUUUCACUAAUCUAAUAAUUAUACUGCCCUCUAUCGGCAAAAUUGAUUUGAUAAAAUAUUUUGAAUUCUCGAUGUAUUUACCUAUGUAAAUAAAUGUUAUUUAUAAAAAUGUAUAAAUUUAUUUAUCCAAUGUUUCCAAAAAUA